AUGACCCUCUCAUUUCUCAAUUUGAUCCGUCUACGUGCUGCCUUUUGGUCCAUUACAGGCAAUACGCAUGGAACCAAGGAUACGACCGAUUUCUAUAUUACCGGCAUAGAAGAAUCGAUUUCUGGAGUCCUGACCACCGUACUUACGGAACAUGAUCAACAGCACGGGUUGCAUACUUCUAAAGAGGAGCUUCUCAAUAUGGUGGCAGACCCCGUUUUGGGGAUCGAGAGUACAAUCAAAGAAGCCGUCGAAUGGUUUUGGAUCCCACGUGUAAGGCGCAGCAUCGGAGGAAAAGCACCUCGCGUGCCAACGUCGCUUACGUGGCCCCCGACAGUCAAGGAGGUCUCAUGCUGGUGUUGUGGCACGACGAUGGAAACUUGUGUUGAGGAAACACAGCGUUGUCCGAAAUCAAGUCCUGAGCAAGACGAUUUGAGCGCUCCUACGACUGCUCGCUCUUCUUCCUUAGUGCUAGGUAAACGGAAACGUGAUGAGGAGCAGGAUGAACCGCAAGAUCCAGAUCACGUCAAGAGACAUGAGAAGGAUAAUGAGGAUCCUCAGGUAUUCGGCUCUUCUGCAUCAUCCUGA